UAGUGCAGUCCACUUUGGGGUUAGCUUAUGCGGCUAUGCGUCAAUUGACCCGAAUCGCAGGGUUUCGGCGUAGUGAGAUCCGGCGUCUCUCCACCGCCGUAUUACGUGAUCUGGACGACGAGGGCCACUGGUUCUACUCGCCGGAGUGGUGGGGCGAUGCUGGCGCCGAAGGACACACCGUGUUCCGAUCCAUUUCCGAGCAUGGAAAUGGUAUUGUUUCUGUUACAGCCUAUCCUUCUUCGAGACCGGCUAAAGAGGAGUGGCCAGUUGUAGAAGGAUGGCUUCGGGAGAGGUAUGCAAAGAUUCAUCCAGAGCUUAAUAAUCAUGAUGAAUUUUUUAGAAUACUUGGUUAUCAGUGGCGUGUGCUUCGGUUUAAUGAUGAUACUCGACAAAGUACAGUUAAAAUUAUGGCUGCAUAUAGAGAAGCAGAUCCUGCGUCGUUAUAUGUAAUGCAGCAACCUCAUUGUUUGGCUGUACCAUGUGCUACGAUCGAUAUUGUUGAAAUCGAUCCUGUUGUUAUCUCAGCCUCAAUCGAAGCAAUGGGCUUCCCUUCAUCUGCUGCAGUAGAACAACUGGAACAAGCAUCCACAUCACAACCUUCUGAUUCUGACAAAUUUCUCUGGGGCAAACUACAUAACCAACUGCAGCUCUACCGAUCAGACGCCGAGAACUUCAUCAUCCAUAGUUCCAAAAUGUAUGAUUUGAUCUUCAUAGAUGCUUAUGACGGCGACGACAUAUUCCCUCGAAAGCUUUGGGACUCAAAUGGCCCCUUUCUUCAAUCUCUUCAAAGAAGGCUUCAUCCUGUUCAUGGGACUGUGGUGGUUAAUCUCCAUGCGGAUUCGGAUGGAGGUGUUCUUCCAAUGGGUACGUAUGUUACUCAGGUAUGUAGAGCAUAUAAGGAGAGCCUUGGUUUUGCUUUCAUUAUUUCAGUUCCUUGGCUAUGUAAUCUUACUCUUGUGGCUUCUAAUGGCGUGGGGUUGGGGAGAGUUCAUCAAGGGAUUUCUUUGAGUCGGGACCUGGUGCUGAGUGCUCUUUUGUCCAAAUCCAAUAUGACAUCGGACUGUCCGGAGGCUAACCAGAACACCCGACGUCAUUCAGUGCACAAUGAUACCUAGCACCGGUAUCAAUAAAAAGUGAUGUGGCACGUUCUAGUUGAUUUUCGAACGAUGUCCGGUGUCCGCACAUAAUUUUUCGCCUACCUUUGCGUACCUUGAUGCUUCUCUUUUUGCUCUCCCCUUAACACAUUCUCUUUAUAUUUUCAUGUCUAUUUUUCUUGCAUGUUAUAAUUAAAGCUAUCCUAAUACAUUGUAUAAUGAGAGGAGAAAAGAUUUUUGGAAACCAAGGUGCUUGGAUGACACUUCUUCCUUUGAAUAAUUAUUGAUGCCAAGCUCUCUCCUAAAUUCAUGGAGGGAAGAGCUCUUGUCAA